GCAAAACGAAGUGUUGAAACCUUGAAAACAAACCCCCCAAAACCUCUGAGACUGAGACUCUGAGAGACUGAGAGACUGAGACAACCACCAUGUCAAAUCGCCAAGACGACCUCGAUCUCCUUCUCUCUCUUCAAGACCGAGUUUUGGAAACCCCUCCUGGUUCUCCCAUUCCCUCCACUCUUCGCUCUCGUUCACCUGGGUACCUUUCGGAUGAGGAAUCUCCAAGGAGAAGAGAGAAGGCGGACAUGUCCGUCUUUAAGGAUGCUGUUCAGGACUGCCUCGAUUACGAGCCCAACCCAGUAAUUGAAAAGGCUGCAAAACCCAACCGGCACAGGGCCCCCAGUGAUCCUGAGGUUGAGAGGUUUUCGGGUUUGCGAAUAAGGAAUCAGUUGGUAACUCCUGCAGAGCUCAGCGAGCGGUUUUCGGACAUUCGUUUCGUUCGAUUAUCGGCUAUAAAGAAUUUGUUGGUUGGGGAUACUCUUUCUGGCUGUUGGGCAACUGUUGGAGUGGUGACUGAGAAGGGAGUUCCAAGGACAAGUUCUAAUGGAAAGAGCUAUUGUAUUUGGAAAAUUGGUUGCUUAGAUGAAACUACUAUAUCUGUAUUCUUGUUUGGUGAUGCUUAUCAGAAGAACUGCAAAGAGCAGGCUGGAACCGUAUUUACAUUGUUUAAUUGCAAUGUGCGCAAAGACGCUGUGGGUUCAGGUUUUUCUUUGAGUGUGUACGCACCUAAUCAACUACUAAAGAUGGGUACUUCAAUCGACUAUGGUGUUUGCAAGGGAAAAAGGAAGGAUGGCAUGGUCUGUACAGCAGUUAUAAACAAGCGCCGUGGGACAUAUUGCAAAUAUCAUAAAUCAAAAGAAUCACAGAGAUAUUCCACAAUGCGAACUGAGCUCAAGGGAGGGAACAUAAGAACAGCAUUUAGGGAUCCUUUAAUGUCGGAAGGGAUUUAUUUGGUUGAUCCUCUGGCCGACAAAACAAAUUUAAAGAAGCCCAAGCAGCCAAUUAAAUUAUUGUCUGUCGAAGGACUCAAAAAAGCAUUAAGUAAUGCAGGCAAAGUGACAACAAAUACACACUCACAAGGAAUAAGAUUUCUUACUGAGAUUACAGGGAAAACUUGUCCAAAUUAUACAAAUAAGGAGCCAACAACACAAAACCGACAAAGCACUAAUUUAGAGAAGAGGAAACCACCUAGUGUGAACAUUGAUUCAUCUGCCGCAAUCAGAAACCAACAACUGAACGGAAAAAGAACCAAAACCGAAAAGAAGCAACCUUUGGUUGACAAAACCAAGCAAGGGACAGGAAAGAUGAUUGAAUUAGAUUUUGUUAGUUCGGAUGAAGAGCUCUAAGGCUGUUAUGCACUAGACGUAUUUGUCUUGGCGAAAAUGUGGUCGAACUUCCAUUUUAAGCAGUGCAUAAAUACAGUUGACAUUUGUUCUUUUACGGAUGAGAACUAUAGCUCCUACAUGAUGCUGUGGAAAUUGUCCAUCGGUAUCUACCAACUUCACUCCUCUUGCUUAAAGUUUCAAGGACUAAAUUUAGUGAGCCAGAAUUUCUGUUCUCGGGUCUGAUUCUGGUUGUUCUUCUAACAUAAAUGAAAAAGUGUAAAGAAUAUGCAUACCAACAAUCAUUCAAGUUUUGAAAUUGUCUAUGUGACGUUGAAGUUUGUACUAAUUCGAUGUUAGAAUUGAAAAUGUUUUUACAUUGUGCUGUAAACUGGCAUUCUUAAUUUAUGAGGCUAAAGUACGGUAUUAUUCUUUCAGAGAAUAAUUACAAAAAUCAUUUCGAAAUGUUUGUCGGUUUUUCUGACUUCUUCUGAGUGUGUGAUAUCUAUUUUUUUAAUACUAUGUUGUUCGAUAGACGUUUUUCGUUA